AUGGCUCAACCUGUCGAACAAUGGAUAACGGACAUCCCACCUGUGACGAGAGCUUGGGUAGUUGCAUCUAUAGGUGCUAGUGUACUGGUAGAAUGUCAAGUGGUAGCUCCAUUACAGCUGUAUUUCUCAUGGAAAGCUGCUGUAGGGAAUAUGCAGGCAUGGCGAUUUAUCACUACUUUCCUCUACUUUGGUCCAUUAUCGUUAGAUUUGGCAUUUCAUCUGUUCUUCAUAAUGCGGUAUUCUAGGCUCCUAGAAGAAAACUCAUUUUCCAACAGACGAGCAGAUUAUGUUUGGCUAUUAUCCCUUUGCUCCGCUUUCCUUCUCGUAAUUUCUCCUCUUCUGACCAUGCCAUUCUUAUCCUCAUCUCUCGCUUUCGCCCUCGUGUAUAUAUGGUCAAGAAGAAAUCCAUCUAUCAAGAUGUCAUUAUUCGGAGUGAUAACGAUCACCGCUCCUUAUUUACCGCUAUGUUUAGUAGCGUUUUCAUGGUUGCUUCAAGGUGGAUUUCAAGCUGCUAUCGGAGAUAUAGUGGGCAUACUUGCUGGACACACUUAUGUCUUCCUGCAAGAUUACUGGCCUAGGGAGAUGUGGUCAACCACGGGAAGAGGAGAAAUACAAACGCCCGCUCCGGUUAAACGUUUGUUUGGCCAGUCUGAACGAUAG